AUGGCUGGAAGCCAAUCGACAAAGCACCAAAAACGAGCCCGGGGCAAUGAUGCCGCCGAAAAGGCAUCGCGAUCCGGUGAUGAACGAGCUAAACGGCGCCGAACCUCCGAAGGCAACGGUGACCAAAAGACUCAGCUUGCGAAUUCAUCUGGUGGCGAUACCACGUCCCAACCAAUGGAAAAGCGGAAGGGCUCUGUGCCUUGGUCGUUCUCGCGCCCAGUGGGUGGUCGCUACAGCAAUUUGGACCCUAUUUUGACUGCGAAUGAAGCAUAUCUAUUCGUGGGACUUGACACAGCUGUCCAAGUCUUUUCUACUUCGACAUCACGUCUGCUGCGCACCCUGCAGAUGGAAAUCGGCCAAAAAGUGAUUGGGUUUAAACUUUGUCCCGCCGAUCAAGAUAUCCUCUACAUCUUCACCUCCGGUUUCGUGACCAAGUGGAACUGGGAUUCUGGGAAGCGACUCGCCCGCUGGGGGACAAACUUUCCGGCCGUCUCGAUCGAUUUGCCGUCGAUCGAGAAUGAUGAAAACUCUGCGAUGUACUUCUCUAUUGGAACCCAAAAGGAUGGGAAACGGGAAAUCUCGAUCAAUGCACUGAAUGAGAAAAAGCCUGUGGGCAGCACUGUUCUCCAGACCCAUGAGAACCUUAAUGCCAUCGCAGUUGCAUAUGAGGGACGAGUCAUCUUUGCCAGUGAUGGCACUCAUCUUUUCAUGGGCACCACAACCAAGUCCGAACUUGAAAACCCGGAAUCUGCCCAGUAUACGUGGAGAGAGGCCACCCUCCCGGUCACGGCGACCAGUCUUCAUCUCCGGGAAAGCUCUCCCACGAAAGGUCCGGAGGCAGUUGAUCUGGUAGUAGGAGAGAGUGGUGGGUCUAUUCUAAUCUACCAGGAUAUCUUGAACACCCUAUUUGGUCGCAAUGCAGACAAGAAGUCAUCGCCCAGAAAGCUCCACUGGCACCGAGGCCCUGUUAGCACGGUGCGAUGGUCUAUGGAUGGCAAUUACAUCAUUUCGGGUGGUCAGGAAUCGGUUUUGGUCCUUUGGCAGCUGGAUACUGGUCGGAAGCAGUUCCUGCCCCAUCUUUCGUCUCCGAUUUGCAACGUCGUUGUCUCGCCAAGUUGCAAUUCCUACGUGGUGAAGUUGGCCGACAACUCCGUUAUGAUCCUGUCUGCCAGAGAAAUGCAGCCUUCUGCCAACGUCACCGGACUGCAGCUAGCUUCAGAGGUGGGCGGCCACAAGGAUCCUUCCUCAAGAAAGCCCUUCGGUGCUGUUGCAGCGUUGCACCCGCAGCACCCCGAGCGCCUCCUUGUUGCUGUGCCUGCAUCUCAUCACUCCAGUCAGCAAGGCUCCCAACGAUCAAACUCUGCUGUAUUGCAGACGUUUGAUAUUCGUGCCAACAGUCACAUCUCUCGCCAGGCUCUGGCGCGGACCAACACCACGACGUUGAAUAUCAGUCCUAAAGGGUCUGCGAUAGUCGCACCUGACGUUCGGCUCAUGGAUAUCAUGCAUGAUGGAAAGUGGUUAGCUACUGUCGAUACUUGGACCCCGUAUCCUCAAGAUAUCGAAGCUAUUGCUUCCAGUGGCUCAAACAGCGACUCGGCAUCUUUGCGAUCAGAGGUGUUCCUCAAAUUUUGGAAGUGGAAUGCUUCCUCUGAUAUGUGGGAAUUGGUAACUAGGAUUGAUGCACCUCAUUUUUCUGAAAAUCGUCCAUCGACCGUUCUCAGUCUGGCGUCUCGUCCUUUCUCUUAUGAGUUUGCGACACUUGGAACUGAUUCCAUCGUCCGCUUUUGGUGCCCAACUACCAGACACCGCAGUGGCCUCAAAACAAACCUCUCCGAGCCUCACCUGGAUACCUGGAAGUGUCGAAGCUCCGUCGAUUUGACGGGAUGCCUCGGUGGUGCAGAUGCCCCGUUGCAAUCGGCUUCUAUCAGCUUCUCCGAGGAUGGCUCUGUGAUGGCUAUCUGCUUGCCAUCGAAAUCGGGCGCCAAUGACGGUCUUGUUCUACUCAUUAAUGCCCAGAAUUGUACCGUUCAUUACCGACGGACGGGAGUGUUCUUCGGAAAGCCCUGCUCAGUCAGAUUCCUGGGAAGAUAUUUGAUCGUUGCCGCGACAGGAUCCGUGUCUGUUUGGGAUACUGUCGACGAUGUCGUCAAACCAAUUCAGCUACCCGACUCUGUCGAUUCAGUUGAUACAUGGAAUCCGCCUCUUCUUGCGGUAAAUUCGAGGACUCAGUCCUUUGCAAUUGCUACCCGAGGCACGGACAGUAGCUCGGGCAACACGCACAAGAGACGACGGAGACCCCGCUUCCACAUCAAGAUAUAUGAUGUCCCGUCUCUUGACUUGGUGUUCCAAGAGACCUUGGUGAGCUGUCCACUCGCUCUUCUUUCCGAUACGUACUCCGGCGACUACAUAGUCGUGGAUGCUACGGCCAGCGUGCAGCGGCUUGGCUGUCUGGAUAAAGCGUCCCAAAAGAGCCUGCAGCCUGACGAAGUGACCAGUCACCUGAACUCGGGACUGGCGAGUAUCUUCAGCCGCGGUACUCUCUCCUCUAUCCAGGCUAUCGACGAAGAGACCUCCGCCGGUCAAAGUAAAGGACUGGCCGGCGUGUUCGGCGAAACACCAUCGUUCUCCUUGCCCUCUAUUGGUGUUCUCUUUAGGAACGUCGUGCAAACUUUGGGCUCCAGCUAG